UCCGCGCUACCGGCAGCGCUCUGGGAGCUCCACGCUGCGGCCGCUCCGAGCAAUGAUUAACCUGGCGGGGCGGCCGGCGCGGGGCCCGGGGCGGAGGCGUGGGGCCGGGGCGGGACCCUGGAGGGCCGCUCGGCUUCCUGCUUUUGCCCAAGUCUCCUCGUAGAGGGCGCCGCAACGGCCGGGGCCCGCGGCGCGGCGCGGCGUGGCGCAGGGCGAGGUGCCGGGCGCGCGUGGGCGCGGAGCCUGUCGCCGGGGUCACCAUGAGGACUCUCCGCAGGUUGAAGUUCAUGAGUUCGCCCAGCCUCAGUGACCUGGGCAAGAGAGAGCCGGCCGCCGCCGCGGACGAGCGGGGCACGCAGCAGCGCCGGGCCUGCGCCAACGCCACCUGGAACAGCAUCCACAACGGGGUGAUCGCCGUCUUCCAGCGCAAGGGGCUGCCCGACCAGGAGCUUUUCAGCCUCAACGAGGGCGUCCGGCAGCUGCUGAAGACGGAGCUGGGGUCCUUCUUCACGGAGUACCUGCAGAACCAGCUGCUGACAAAAGGCAUGGUGAUCCUGCGAGACAAGAUCCGCUUCUACGAAGGACAGAAGCUGCUGGACUCGCUGGCAGAGACCUGGGACUUCUUCUUCAGCGACGUGCUGCCCACGCUGCAGGCCGUCUUCUACCCGGUGCAGGGCAAGGAGCCGUCGGUGCGCCAGCUGGCUCUGCUGCACUUCCGGAACAUCAUCACCCUCAGUGUGAAGCUGGAGGACGCGCUGGCCCGGGCCCACGCCCGCGUGCCCCCCGCCGUCGUGCAGAUGCUGCUGGUGCUGCAGGGGGUGCACGAGUCCCGGGGAGUGACCAAGGACUACCUGCGCCUGGAGACGCUGAUCCAGAAGGUGGUGUCGCCCUACCUGGGCACCUACGGCCUCUACUCCAGCGAGGGUGCCUUCACACACUCCUGCAUCCUGGAGAAGCACUUCCUGCGCCGCUCCCGAUCGGGGGACAUCCUGGCCAAGAACCCGGUGGUGCGUUCCAAGAGCUACAACACGCCGCUGCUGAACCCUGUGGCGGAGCACGAGGCCGAGGGCACGGUGGCCGGCGGCACGGGCAUCCGCAGGCACUCGGUCUCCGAGAUGACGUCCUGCCCCGAGCCCCAGGGCUUUGCUGACACACCCGGCCAGGACCCUGCUGGGACCUUCAGACCCUCCCCGGCGCCCCCGUCGGGGCCCUGCCCCAGCAGACUGUACCCCCCGGCGCAGCCCCCUGAGCCUGGCCCAGGCCCGGCCCGCAGCUCCCCGGCCUCCUCCAGCCCCGAGAACCUGGUGGACCAGAUCCUGGAGUCGGUCGACUCGGAUUCGGAAGGCAUCUUCAUUGACUUUGGCCGGGGCGGUGGCCGUGGCACGUCUGAGUCUGAGGGGGCAGGGGGCCGGCAGAGCGUCGUGUGACCCAGGCCUUGUGUUUUUACUGACCCUGCGUGUACGCCUGUGCGGUCUUCCAGGGGACCCUGAUGACCACGCUCGCCUUUGCCUCUCAGAUGCAGAGUCUCAGGCCAGUCCACGCCUGCUGAUGCUGGAUCUGCACUUCAGCCAGAUGCUGGGGGUCUGCGUGCCGUGAGCUACGCUGGCUGUGCUCGGGUUCUGAGGCGGGUGUUCCGGAGGCAUCUGAAAUGGAAGAUCCCGCUAAAUAAUCAAAGUCAACAGCACUUCAGGCGAAACAGCCAAAAAGCAGAUUGCGGAACAUCCCUUGUAGGCAGAGUAGGACGUCCGCCCCAUCCGUCCAGCCACCUGCAGCAGGGGUACUCGCUGUGGAGAGGAUGUGCUCACGGUGAGGGGGGUACGAGGGGCCACAGAGAGCUGCACGUCCAGGAGAUCUGGGGGAAGUGAAAAAGAUUUUAUUAAAAAAACACACCUGGGGACUCCCCGUCAGCACUGAGUGGGGGCCAUUCUCCACCUCGGGGGGUCUUGACCUGCCCUGUGUAUCUCCUUAGGGCGUCCCACGAAGCCCAGGGACGCAGUCUUAGAAUAGUGUUUUCACAAUAAAAUGCGUAGGAUGACGAGGAAACCAACUAUGCUGACGUACAGCCUUGAAGGGCUCUUUAAAAUGUGUGAGUGGUGAUGCCUUAUUAACUCAUCAGUAAACAGAUCUCCUGCCGGUCACCUGCUGACCGGGGUCGGGGUGGCGAUGAGUGGAACCCGCAACCGCUGGGUGUGACGUCAGCACAGUCCCCACUUCUGCUGGUGACAAGCCGAUUUGUCAGAGAGGGGCUGACCGCCACUCCGAGGUCAGUUAGCGAGCACAAAGCUGUCGUUUUUGCCAAGUUUCUUCCCCAGGCAGCGGGGAGUCUGCGAGCUGCACUCCAGACCCUGCCGCCCACCUCUGGGCAGGAGGGACUCCACACUCCCCUCCGCUGGGGCCAUGUAAGCCCUUCAGUGUCUGCUGGCCACUUGUUCCGGGCACUGUGGGGUUGAUUGGCCUGCUGGCCACCUCUCCCCACCAGAGGAGCUGGACUCAGCCCUUCAGGGAGUGAAGGGCACACAGGAUACAGGCUCCCUGCCCGCCACCCUAGAGACCUCCCCACAGUCUCAAGGGAUAGCUGGUUCCAGGAACAUUGCUGGUAGAGUCUGGAACUCCUGCCGGGUUGGGGGGGAGGGAGGAAGGGGAAUUGGCUGUUGGGGUGUGUGUGUGUGUGUGUCCCCAGGACCUGUAUUCUUGGGAACACAGUCCUUGUGAUGGGACAGCAAUGGAAACUAUGUGUAGCUGCAGGAGGGGAGGGUGUCCAUCAGUGGAUGAUGGAUAAACAAAAUGUGGUCCAUCCAUUCAAUGAAAUAUGACUCAGCCUUAAAAAGGAAGGAAAUUCUGACAUGUGCUACACCGGGGAUGAACCUUCCUAAGUGAAACAAGCCAGUCACAAAAGGACAAAUAUUGUAGGAUUCCACUUACAUGAGGCACCUAGAGGAGUCAAGUUCAUCAAGACAGAAAGUA